AUGCGCACAUGCGGUUGCUUGCAUGAACCGACCGAUGGUGUCGCCGGCGUCGCCAACCUGAUUAUUGUCAUCGGCAUAUUGCCGGUAAUGGCCACAAUCGGAGUGUUUUUGAAUUUCCUCAAUAUCGUCGUGUUCUCAUCACAACGGAAUACUGCAGCAAAGUACUUGACAGCUCUCAGUUGUAGUGAUGUUGGUGUUUGCAUGGCCGGUGUGGUGGUGAUAUUCGCAGAUUCGUUGAGGGCACGGGCAUUCGUCGUCGAUCAGCUGUUUGUUUUCCUUCUACCAAAACUGAUUCCACUCGGAUUGUUUUUCCAGAUGCUCUCCGUUUACAUCACUGUGUUGGCUGCUUUCGACUGUUACAUCUCUGUAUUACGUGGUCCAGCAGCGUUCGGUUCCCGGUCAACAUGGGCACCACGGGUCCUAGCCUGUGUGGUCAUUAGCGUCGCCGCCUAUAACAUCAUACAAUUCGGUGACUUGGAGGCAGUUGAGUGUUUACAUCCGGACAAUUACACCUUAUACGAGCUUUGCCCUACCGAACUCCGUGUCAGCGAACUUUAUAUUGUUGUUUAUAAGGGAUAUAUGUACGCACUGUCAAUGGCUUUUAUACCGUUCAUCCUGUUAACUAUACUAACAUUUGGCAUCCUUUAUCUUCUCCGAAAGAAACACGAAGAAUCCAAGAAGGUCAUAUGUGAAUGUGAGGAGCAGGAAGAUCAGGGAUCGCCGGUCGUACUCCUGUUGGUGAUCGUACUCUUCCUCGCCUGCAAUGUCACUUCACUACUGGUUAACGUCUUCGAGAUGCUCAAAAUAGGUCUGGGACCUGCAGCUGAUGCGAUCCUCAUAGACGUCGGCAAUUUCCUCGUGGUCGUCAAUGCUACGGCCAAUUUUUUCGUCUAUUGGGCUUCAUCUGUCGAAUACAAAACAGCUGUACGUGGACUGAUCCGAAAAUACAUCACACGACGGAAAGCCAUCGAUCUUGUAGCCACCCAAGCAAGUGCCGAAUUUGUCUGA